AUGAGAUUCCUCAUCAUCCUUCUUUUGGCUCUCUUGGCUGUAACUGCUCUUGGUAAGUUUAUUGAUAAUUCAUUUGAAAAUUUACUUUACUUUCCUCUUGAUCUAACCAAAUAUAUAUUUAAUUUUCAAUUUUAUAGGAGCCGCCCACCACGGUAAGAAGCCAGUCCACAAGAGGCCAGCCCACCACCCACCAGCCCACAAAGCCCCAGCCAAAGCCGGUACUAAAGCUCCAUCUGGAACUGGUGCCACUUCAGCUGCCAAGGCUACUGGUGCUGCUGCGGCUGCUACUACCGUCAAGGCAGCUUAG